AUGGAGAAGUGUCCGAGGGUGGUGCUGGUCCUCGUGUUGUGCCUGGCGGCGGGCUGCCCCGUGCCCGGCGAUGGAAGAGGCGUGCCAACGCCGGAGGUCUACAAGCCGCAGACCUACCCAGGCUUCUUCGGUGGCCCCGGCGGCUUAGGUGGCUUCGGCGGCCCAGGCGGCGUCGGCGGCUUCGGCGGCCCAGGCGGCGUCGGCGGCCUAGGCGGUGCCGGCGGAUUUCCAGGCAUCCCAGGGGUGCCCAACAUGGCCGGCGGAGGUGGUGCGGUGUUCGGGCCGCUUGUCCCCGGCUUCGGCAACGUCCCCGGCUUCGGUAACGUCCCCGGCGUGUUUAACGUGCCUGUGGCGCCUGGUGGAGGCGGCUUCUUCAGCGGCGGUGGGGGAGGCGUCGCUGGGCAACCCUGA